UUCCCCCUCCUAAUCUCCCUCGCUUCUCGCCUCGACUCGACGCGACGCGACGCGGCGCCUCUCUCUCGUGCGGCGGCGGCGGAGGCGGAGGAGGAGGAGAAGGAGGAGGAGGAGAGGGUUACGAGGACCGGGGUAUAGAACGGCGGUGGCGGGGGAGGGAUGCCUCUGGGGUGGCUGCGGAGGAAGUGGAGGCGGAGGGGCGGCAGGGGCCCCGCGGCCGCGGCGGAGGGCGGCGUGUCGACCUCGCCGCGGGACUCGGUCGACCUAGGCAACUCCGCGUACGCCUCCGCGUGCGCCUCGCCGACGUCGGCGGCGGCGACGGCGCGGUGGGGCAGGACGGCGGCGGCGGCAGGGCAGCGGUGCUGCGGGGGAGGGCCCGGGCCGCACCACCACAAGCCGGGGCUGCCGCUCCCGCGGCCGGUGUCCAAGUCGGCCCCGAUGCCCCUGGCCUCGUCGCUGGCGGAGGUGGAUGCCGCCGCGGUGGCGGCGGCAACCGCCGCCGCCGCUGACCCGGCGUUCGGGGGCUGCGUGUCGGCGGCCGACUCGGUUUCAAGCAGGAGCUCGUCGGACGAGGCGACCGAUCACCCGAACUACAGGUAUACCGAUCCAGUUGUCCAUACUAGUGGAAGGACUGUGCUACCUAAUGAUCAUAACAGCAUGGUAGAAGAGAGUCGUUUUGUAUCAUCUGGUGCUCUUCUGGAGCAUCAAAAGUUCUUUGAGGUUCCUAUUGCAAAUGUGAAAGAAGUUCAUCACAUGCAAAAUUUUGAACCGUCAACAAGCGACUCUAAUUAUUCACGUGGCAGAAUGUUAGCUGAGGAUACAUUUGGUUCAAGGACAAGAAGUCAUUCCCCUGGUCCGAGAGGGUAUGCUUUUGCUGGCAGUGGUGCCAGAGAUUUUGGAUUUAGCCCAAGGUCACCAGUGAAAAGGAUGGAUGAUCCGAACAGUCCUUCCCAACCCCUGCCUCUUCCUCCAGUUCCUGUUGCUAGCUCAUCCCUUCCUUCAUCUUCCAUUACUUCUAAUCAAUUCCAAUCACAGUGGAAAAGGGGGAAGCUGUUAGGUAGUGGUACAUUUGGUCAGGUUUACCUUGGUUUCAACAGUGAAAAUGGGCAGUUUUGUGCAAUCAAGGAGGUGCAAGUUAUUAUGGAUGAUUCAAAUUCAAAGGAACGCCUUAGGCAAUUGAAUCAGGAAAUAGAUAUUCUUAAGCAGCUCUCGCACCAAAAUAUUGUGCAAUACUAUGGAAGUGAAAUGGCUGACGAAGCUCUAUCAAUCUAUCUCGAAUAUGUUUCUGGAGGUUCAAUUCAUAAAUUACUUAGAGAGUAUGGUCCAUUUAAGGAGCCUGUUAUUCGUAAUUAUACUCGGCAGAUUCUUUCAGGGCUUGCCUACUUGCAUGGUAGAAAUACUUUACACAGAGAUAUUAAAGGAGCAAAUAUACUUGUGGGCCCUAAUGGUGAAGUCAAACUUGCUGACUUUGGCAUGGCUAAACAUGCAACAUCUUUCGCUGAAAUAUGCUCUUUCACAGGAAGCCCAUACUGGAUGGCUCCUGAGGUUGUAAUGAAUAACAAAGGUUAUAACCUUGUGGUUGAUAUAUGGAGCCUUGGGUGUACAAUUAUUGAGAUGGCAACUGCAAAGCAUCCUUGGUAUCCGUAUGAAUAUAUGGCCGCAAUAUUUAAAAUUGCAAACACUAAACUUAUACCGGAAAUCCCAGAAUGUUUUUCUAAAGAAGGGAAAGAUUUCCUCAGUUUGUGUUUAAAGCGUGAUCCAGCACAAAGGCCUUCUGCAACUUGGUUGCUGGGUCACCCUUUUGUUGACCCUCAAUCUGUAAGAGCACCAACAUGCAAUGGUACUCAGUUGAGAAAUGGAAUAUCUUCCCCUGCAGGGAUAGGUAAUAGGAAGCCAAACAGGGAAUCCUCGUCAAAGCGAAACAUUGCUCCUCUGCAUGGUAUCGCAGGACUAAGCGCAAGGGAAUUUGCUGGAUUUUCGACAGCCCAUCCUUCUCCUCACAACAUCUCCAGCAGCCCAACUGCAGUGAGAACAAACAUGUCUCUACCAGUGUCCCCAUGCUCAAGCCCACUGCGGCAGUUCAAGCAAUCAAACUGGAGCUGCCUCCCUUCGCCGUCGCACCCGGCACUCUCCCCUGGAUUGGCAGCAGCCUACCCAAACAAUCACCCGCAGAAUCAGUCGAGGCGAAUCGCCGCGGUUCCAGAUCCCCUGCUGGAGUCGAGCCAGCUGAGACCUCCAAGCCCAUACGGCUCCCCAAAGAGAUUCUAG